UGAGCGCUCAACUGCCAUUUUGUGGCAGAAGCUACUCUGCCAAAGCGGGUGAGGAAUUAAAACUAACUGCGAAGAAGCGUGUAGUUUAUUUCGACCUGGUUAAACUUUUUAGCACUGCCUCUCUGCUUUCAGGCGGGACCACAGGGAGGAGAAACACUCAGAACAGUUGUUGUUGUCAUGGAUGGCAGCUCAGCAGAAGCUGUGGGGGAGGUGGACGCCCCCCCUAAAGACUUCCCAUCCAUCCAGGCUGUCCACAGCCAGGAGGCCCUGGUGGUGGAUCUCCUCCAGCAGGCGGCCGAGGCCGGGGGCGUGGUGCAGGGACCGGCGGCUGUCGUACUGGAGCAAGGUCAUGUGGAAGGAAUGGUAGCAGCUGCCCAAUCCCAGCAGGCGCUGCUGGAAGCUGGGGUCGGGAUGAGCGUGCAACGUGGAGAAGUAGAAAUGAUGGUCAUGGAUUCCCUGGAUCCCACCCUGAUGCAGAUGAAGACUGAGGUGAUCGAUGCUGCAGUUGGGGGAUCAUCAACCACAGUUGGCGUGGUURCAGGAGCAGCUCAUCAGGCUGCCGUAGCAACAGUGGACCAGACUCAGAUCAUCACCCUGCAGGUGGUCAACAUGGAGGAGCAGGCAGCUCUGGGUCUGGGAGAGCUGCAGCUGGUCCAGGUGCCGGUUUCUGCCGCCACCGUGGAUGCUCUGCAGCAAGGCACAUUUGUGGACACCACAGCAAUGCCGAAGACUGGAGACCCUGUCAUCUGUCACACACUUCCUCUGCCUGAGGGCUUUCAGGUGGUCAAAGUUGGUGCUAAUGGGGAGGUGGAGACUGUGGAGCAAGAAGAGGGAGUAGAAGCCCACUCUGAGGAGGACGAGGAGGAUGCGGAGGUGGGACAGCAGCUGCUGGAGGAAGGAGAGGAGGCUGCCCAUCCUCCAAACCAUCAUCAUAACUGGGCUAAAGACCCAGACUAUCAACCUCCAUCUGGGGGGAUCAAAAAGGCCAAGAAGGGGAAGAAGAGUCGCCUGCGCUACGCUGAAGGAGACAAGGACAUGGACGUCAGCGUGUACGACUUUGAAGAGGAGCAGCAGGAGGGCCUUCUGUCUGAGGUCAAUGCAGAGAAAGUAGUCGGCAACAUGAAGCCUCCAAAGCCCACAAAGAUCAAGAAGAAAGGGGUGAAGAAGACUUUCCAGUGCGAGCUGUGCAGCUACACAUGUCCUCGUCGCUCCAACCUGGACCGGCACAUGAAGAGCCACACCGAUGAGAGACCCCACAAAUGUCACCUGUGUGGAAGAGCCUUCAGGACGGUGACACUGCUGAGAAAUCAUCUCAACACACACACAGGGACUCGACCACACAAGUGCACAGACUGUGACAUGGCCUUCGUGACCAGUGGAGAACUGGUGCGUCACCGUCGCUACAAACACACACACGAGAAGCCAUUCAAAUGCUCCAUGUGUGACUACGCCAGUGUGGAGGUCAGCAAACUGAAGCGGCACAUUCGCUCCCAUACUGGGGAACGUCCCUUCCAGUGCAGUCUGUGCAGCUACGCCAGCAGAGACACAUACAAGCUGAAGAGACACAUGAGGACACACUCGGGAGAAAAACCUUAUGAGUGCUACAUCUGCCACGCCCGAUUCACCCAGAGCGGAACCAUGAAGAUGCACAUCCUGCAGAAACACACAGAGAACGUGGCCAAGUUCCACUGUCCACACUGUGACACAGUCAUCGCACGCAAGAGUGACCUGGGGGUUCAUCUGCGGAAGCAGCACUCGUUUAUUGAGACUGGGAAGAAGUGUCGAUAUUGUGAUGCUGUUUUCCAUGAGCGCUACGCUCUAAUCCAGCAUCAAAAGUCCCACAAGAAUGAGAAGAGGUUCAAGUGUGACCUGUGUGACUACUGCUGCCGUCAGGAGCGCCACAUGGUCAUGCACCGGCGGACCCACACAGGAGAGAAGCCGUUCGCAUGCAGCCAGUGUGAAAAGACCUUCAGGCAGAAGCAGCUGCUGGACAUGCACUUCAAACGCUACCACGACCCCAACUUUGUUCCCACAGCUUUUGUUUGCCCCAAGUGUAGCAAGACGUUCACCCGCAGGAACACCAUGGCUCGUCAUUCUGAGAACUGUAGCGGGGAGGUGGAGGAGUUUGAGAACGGAGCUGCCACUCCAAAGAAAGGCAGGAGAGGAAGGAAGAGGAAGAUGAGGAGCAGAAGGGAUGAGUAUGAUAGCGAAGAUGACAUCCCCGAACAAGACGAGGAUGAGGAUGAGGGUGAGGAAGAAGCAGCACUGCUGCAGGAGGAGGAGGACCUGGAGGGCAUGGAGCUAGAUCAGGCUCCUGCUGUUAUCCCAAUUGUGGCCCCAGAUGAGCCUCCAGUGAAGAGAAAACGAGGCCGACCCCCCAAGAACCCCAAACCUCAGACCCCCAGCAGAGUCGGGGCUUCUUCUUCUGUAGCUGCCACGAUUCAGGUGGAGGACGAGCUGACGGGUGCAGUAGAGAACAUCAUAGUGAAGAAGGAGGGGGGCGAUGCAGCGCCCUCUGUGAAGCAGGGAGCGGGCCUGACAGUGGAAGGAGGGCUGGGUGGUGGUGAGGGGGUGGAGGAGGUGGAGCUGACUGUGAACCAGGAAACAACAGCAGCUACUGCUGCUAAUGGAGAUCUCACACCAGAGAUGAUCCUCAGCAUGAUGGACCGCUGAGCAGUGCUCCACCUGCACCCCUCCAGCUCCACCCUGGUCCAGGCUGAGCUGCUCUCUGACCAUUAAGACUUUUCUCCACUGAAUGAAUCUGCAUGUUUUGCUACUUCGUCCUACUCAAAGCCACAUCCUGUCUGCCUGUGCCCACACACAUUUCAGUUCAUGUGCACACACAAUCCCCCUGUGUGUAUGUGUGUGUGUGUGUGUGUGUGUGUGUGCGCACUAACAUCUGAAAACACCAAGUAACAGAAUUAGAGUUUUCUGUUGCGCUAGCUGUUUCUCCAACCUGUCAUUAACAUCUGACUCUUUCUGAGGGCGGCCAUCUUGUGCUGUGACCAUAAARAGCAGAACCAGAAGCCAUGCUACGGUUCUAUGUGCUGCUCUGACUUUCAGGGUGUGAUGUAACAUAGCAACACUUUUCCAGUCGUUCAAACAGUUUUUGUCUGAAGCCCAGAGUUUGUCAUUUCUUAUCCGUUCCUUCGCUGUGGUCUUUAGGGUCUAUGGCUGGUGGCUCAUUGCUGCUGUUGGUCUGUUAGUUUGGCCCAUUUCAUUUACUUAGAGACAAACGAGGCUGGGGGACCUGGAAUAGACUGCUUCCUUAUCCUUAGCUCUCCUCGUGCAUGUAUCCACUGAAUACAUGCACGAGCUGACACACACACCUGGAAGCAGUGUGUGUGUCAGCUUACACACUGCUGACACACACACCCUGGUCCUUAGCUACUUGAACCACAGUGUUCUCUGCUGCCUCACAGGCGGGGACAGUGCACCAGUUGGUGAAGCAUUUACUCCAAAUUGGAGGAAGAAAAGAAAAGAGAAAAAGAUUUAAGGCCAGAAAGUUUCAGAAAUCAUUGGAACAAACUUCUCUCAAAACGUUUUCUCCUUUUUCAAAAGUGUGUUUGCCGCUGCCAUCAUUCAGAGUCCUGAUGUUCCCUGGCGUACUGUGAUGUCACGGUGUGUGAAGUUGGAUGUUUUUCCUGAUCKAAGCAAUCCAUCAUGUUAGGAAGGUUCUUCCACAUUGUGCUCUGCAGUGUGAAGAACCCACUGGGCCUGAGCAACCAGUACCAGCAUGAGGGUGUUUAUGAACAUUCCACAUGUUAGGUGAUGAGGUUUUCCAACUUCUAACUUUUCAGUUUCACUUCCUGCUCUGCUGCCAGCAGUCAUCACACAGACCAGCUGACCUGGACCUGAAAAUGGACCGAAACCCAGACCUGGACAUAAAACUGGACCCGGACCUGUCUGCUGGCUUCCAUGUACAUAAAUGUUUUAAAUCUUCCUGGAAGAAAGCCUUUCCUUUCUGAUUUUGAUAAUGUUUGAAAAAGCGACUGGACUUUAUUUCCUGAUUCAGUAAACGUGUUUCUGGUGCUCUGUCUGGAUYCUGGUGAUCGCUUGUGAUUUCCAGCCAAAGAUCAGCCUAAACUAAACCAGAUGAGCCACUUUGUCAUUUCCUGUGUGCUAUUUUAUUGCUUUACACUUUUUAUUUUCUAGUUGCCUCUUCACUGUUUCUCCUUUGAUUUGGUUAUUCUUCCAUCUGUAAAACGGACUGCAGCACCUGUUUGGGUGGUGAAGCCCAAUUUGAGUUUCCUGUUUUUCAAAGGCUCUGUUUGCCAUGAGCUGUUUCUUGAUUGGUUAGCUGUCCUGUGGUGAGGUGAAGCCUCAUUGGAUGUGUUUGAAUGUCAUCUUCAUGAAAAUCAAAAAGUCAAAAAUCUCUGUUAAUAGGCUUCCCUAAUGUCAUCAUCUGCUGUUUCUCCAGGAAUGUUAGUUGUAUGAAUCGCUUCAGAUAUCUGUCCUGUACUGCAGCUGUUCAUUUCCAGCUACGUCUGGAACCUGUUUUCUCCCAUCUCUGUUUUCUGCUGUAAUCUGAGAUCUGCUCCUAUAAAAUGAAAGCUAAUGUGCUGUGUUGCUGUUGGACAUGUGGACACAGCUUUGAUUUAUUUGAUCAUGUCCUUGGCAGAGAACCUGCCUGUUCUAAGUCCAACAGAACCAGAAACUUUGACCAUGCCAUUACUUUAGCUACCACUCUGUACAGAUAAUACUGAACAAUAAAAUCACUGUAAUGGA